AUGGAUUGUCGGAAACGUCGCCGGAAUUCGAACAAGAACAAAUUAACCGCACCACUAGCCCAUCCAGAAGAACAACCACCACCAGGAACCCGAGACCCUAGAACAACUAAUCAGACUGUCCAACCGCCCGAGACCGCAGAGGAACGAGCAGGGAUCUACAAGGAGCAGAGCGCAGCCAAGAUAGAACAGCAGUCCUCGUCGAUCUCCCCCUCAACAUCGGCCCUCUCCAGCGGCGGAGACUCGUCGGGCUCCUCGAGUCCUGGCUUAGACUGA